AGCGAUUUUCAAGAAAAGCUGUGAACAACUUUUUUGUCCUUUGUGUCACUAACCAAUUGGACGCGAAGGUUCAAAUAAUGAAAUCUGAAACAUUAUUAAAUUAGAUGUAUAAAUCGAUGGAAAUAAAGGACGACUGGCAAGCGAUGUUUCUGAUAAACGCUGUUACGUGUAGCUUUCUUUUUUUUGGAGUAUCAUCGACAUUCUUCGGCCAAAGAUUAAUCGAUCACAGUUCAAACGUCUUCUACGAGGCGUAAGUAUUCGAUCUUUAUCUAAUCAGAAUAUCCUCAAUGAGUUAUUACCUCUAAUCAUUUUUACGCAUUACAAUUGCUUUUUAUCUCGAAUAUCUUCUAUAUCUUCCCGUAUUACACGCAUUCUGGAUGUUGCUUAACUGCAUGAAAAUCCGCGGGAAAAAUCAUUCGAGGGAAAUUACACUUUUCGUUAAAAUAAACUUGUCCUUGAUGAAAUCCGAAGAGAGAAAUCUAGAGACAGAAACAUAAGUUAGUCAUUUGAAGACAUAUUUCUUUUUAAAGGAGAGAUAAAUUUCAGAUACAAUUCGUAUUGGUACAGAAUCCCCCUCGAAGCUCAAAAAAUGUAUUUGAUGAUUUUGCGGCAAAGUUUGAAGAGCUGCUGCUUCUCCAAGGGUAAUUUGUUCAUCGCGUCGCACGAGGGUCUAUGCACGGUAACACGACUGCAUUUUCUCAACAUGUCAAAACGUACGAGCGAACAAAGUGCGUAUUGUAAUUGUUUGUCCUGUGCGUUUCAGUUGUUAAACACAGCGUUUUCGUACAUCACGGUCUUUCAUUCCUUGCAAAAGUUACGUUUCUGCAGGAUAGAAAAGAAAGUAAAAGAAAAAAGGAAGAAAACAAAAACGGCGAAUCUUUCAGCGUGAUGUUAAUACUUGAUAACCUGUUACAAUUCAUGCACAGUAUGCACAAUUUUUUUCUUGAUAUGUGUAUUACUGAUUCUGAUUAUGUUUUGGAAAAUUGAAACUUUAUUGUGAAUUAUUUUUUCUUAAUAUCGUCGUUCCUCCUUUGUAAAAGGGAAAAAGUUCCAUGGCGUUAGUUUAUUCUAUAAGUUUUUAACUGGUUCUUAUGAUCUAGAUUCUGAAUGACCUAAUAAUACAAGUUUUUAGUCACGUUUCUGAACAUGCACGUAGGUUUCUAGUAAAUUCAGUUACAUGCGCCUAGGAAGAGGUGAUCCGAUAAGUUUGUCAAACUGACUGGAAUUUGUUUAUAUAAACCAGCGAAGGUAACACACCAUGUAUUUUUGUGGAUCGUCACGUAAAUAUCAAGAAAUUCUUUCUUUCUAAUUAUCAGUUUAUGAAUAUUAUACAAUGAUGUGUACCAAUCUGAGGCACAAC